GUCGACGUGGUCGAGUAUUUGGGGUACAAGAAGGGGGAAAAGGACUCCCUGAAGUAGAACUGGGGAGAAACAGUCACCGAAUCAACGAUGCUUCGGGAUAUGGAGGAAUUAAAGCUUAAAGACUCAUCGAGCGCCAGAAGUCCACCAUCGAACUGUUAACCAGCUCAGGCCGUCAAAAGUUUGAACUGGAAAACGUGCAGAUGACAUUUGUGCCAAAGAAGGGCGACUGGGUGACACUCAAAUGCGCUGUCCAGCUGGACGAUGGCUAUGUGGACAAGCAGGGGGAAAUUCUCGAGUUGCUGAAGGUGUUUCCAGCACGCAUCCUCUCGAACCAAAAGGUCGAGGUUGAACGCUGUUUCCCAGAGUUCGUUGAUCUUGGCAACUAUGCCUAUUUGCUGCGGGAGACUUUCACCACUGGUACAGAUCUUCACACGGGCGAUUACGUCCUGGCGGAUCUCAUCGAAUGUGCUUACUCGAAAUUCACGCAUCGCUCCAUCAAAGUGACCCCGCAUCAAGAAAGAGAAGACCUAUUGCGCCGCUCGGGCGGUCACCAUCACUGGCGCAAACCGCUUUAUAACCACCGAGGUGUAUGAGAAGCGUAAGAUCAACCUCCA